GCCAGGUGGAGAACAUGAGACAAGGUGAGCACUUCCUGUCUGAAGGCCAGGUGGAGAACAUGAGACAAGGUGAGCACUUCCUGUCUGAAGGCCAGGUGGAGAACAUGAGACAAGGUGAGCACUUCCUGUCUGAAGGCCAGGUGGAGAACAUGAGACAAGGUGAGCACUUCCUGUCUGAAGGCCAGGUGGAGAACAUGAGACAAGGUGAGCACUUCCUGUCUGAAGGCCAGGUGGAGAACAUGAUACAAGGUGAGCACUUCCUGUCUGAAGGCCAGGUGGAGAACAUGAGACAAGGUGAGCACUUCCUGUCUGAAGGCCAGGUGGAGAACAUGAGACAAGGUGAGCACUUCCUGUCUGAAGGCCAGGUGGAGAACAUGAGACAAGGUGAGCACUUCCUGUCUGAAGGCCAGGUGGAGAACAUGAGACAAGGUGAGCACUUCCUGUCUGAAGGCCAGGUGGAGAACAUGAGACAAGCCGGGCUGCUGACCCCUGACCCCAGAGUGAGGGAGAGGAAGAAGCCAGGACAGGAAGGAGCUCGCAGGAAGUUCACCUGGAACAAACGCUGAAGGAGGAGGAGUGAAAACAACAAGAUUCUCAGUAACAGAAAUAGACUGAACAAUGAAAUGUCUUAACAAGACUGGAUCUACAGACCAUUACUGAUGAUCAUCACCUGUGCUGAUGGAAAAUUUAAGAAGACAGUUCAUUGAAACGUCCAUAAUAAAUGUUUUGAUUUGUCAAACACGUGGCUGAAGUGAGACGUACCUGCGUGCACCUGUCUGUCAUGUGACAUCUCACAUGUUGUAAUGUGCUUCCGCCGCCACAUGAGGGCGCUAUACUACAAAGAAAGGCGGCCGCUUACACGUGUUAAAAAAUAAAAUACUUUUUUCACAGAAUGCUGGAGUUGCUUGUUCUGUUUUAAGGCCAACAUGAAACGGCACUAAAUAAAACCAGUAAGAAGCUUUUCGAGAUGCUUCCAUCCUUCCUCAACUGUUUGUGACUAGAAACGUUCUUGCCGUGUUGGACACGAGCGCUGUCCAGGUGCUGAAAAGCCGGUAAGAACGUUUGUUCACGUGAUAUAGGCUUUCCUGUCUACCGACAAACUAGACUCCUGGGAAGGAAACGUUAACCACGGGGUGGCGACAGUUUAUUUGAAUUUCAUUUUUACGUUUGGUAAAAAUAAACGUUUACAUUCGUCAGGUUUGUUAUUGCGCCGUCUUGCCGCUCAGCGUCGUAGAUUAUAAAGUUUUCCAGGCAGAUCUUAACAAGAUUACUCCGCCCACACGUGUACAGCCCUUUUCCGGUCAACGGAAUACCUAUUAGGUGUGUGUAAAAUACAGAGGAAUUCUGGUAUUUAAAAAUGGUGCCACACUAAUACAAAUAAAAAUGGAUCCGCCUAAUCCUGUUACUCACCUGAUAACGGAAGAACUCGCAAAUUGCCCUGUUUGGGAAAUGGAGAUGUCCUAGUAUCUGAUUGGACGAUUGUACGGCAUGCUGUUGAUUGGCACAUGAGGACGCGAGGCACCAGCUUACAACCGAAUUACUGAUACCGAAAUCACAGUGAGAGUCACGGAGGGUAGCUUACCCCGUCCUCCAUUUCAGUGAGAAAAAUCUAAUAUUUAUUAUUCCAGUCAUACUUGAUGGAUGCUGCGGGGCUAACCCUUCAGAUGAUGACUGAUGUCGACUGCAACAGCAACGCCGUUAACGCAGAGCUCGAGGUGGUGAAGUUGCAGCAGCUCGUUCGGAAACUAGAGAAGCAAAACGAGCAGCUUAGGGCGAGCGCGGUGAACGGUUGCUCCACGAGCCCCCGUAUCCAAACCACCUCACCAGCCUGCAUACUAGACAGCAGACCCGUCCCGGGGGGGUACCGUCUCCCUAGCCCGCUGACCGCCCUGCUGUGCCGGUCCUCCUUCUGCCCGGCAGACGAUUCUUUCCAGUAUUUUCUUUCGCAUUCCGCUGCAGAUGCCGCGGUUGAAGCUCAGGGCGGUGAGGGCGAGCCCACGGUUCUGGACGAGGUGGCGCUGCUGGAUCUGGACUCCAUGUUCUCCCUUGACAAGUCUGACGAUUCCUGGUUGUAUGUGUCAGCUAGGGCCAGGCCGUGGCAGCGCCCCCUGCUGUCUCCCCUGCAGUGGUGCAGGCAGGUGCUGGACGGGCUCAGAGGGGAGGGGGAGGCUUCCAGACGCUCCCAGUGUCUCAGGCAGGCCCCAGUGCCCUCCCAUCUCCACCCCCUCCUCCUCACCUCCCUGAGUCCCAUGGUGAAGGAUCCUGAGAGAACUCCCUCCUUCCUCACUCGCCCCACCAGUGGUCUGAGCGCUGAGCAGGAGGCAGACUGCGUCUCCCUGGGUUACAAGCUGCAGGACCUGACUGAUGUCCAGGUGAUGGCUCGCCUGCAGGAGGAGAGUCUCCGUCAGGACUAUGCCUCCACCUCAAUCACUCGGAGCAGCUCCAGUUUCUGCUUCCAGUUCAGCCAGCAGGGGGAGCCCCACCUGCAGGGGGAGGAGCAGGAGGAACGGGGGUCCCGGAAGCCUGGCCUUCCCCACUCCCACACGUUCUCCAGCCUCCGAGACUGGCGCAGAAGCAUCUCCAGCCCCCAGUGUCCCUCUUCCGGGUCCUCCCAGCCCAGCCCCCCCUCCAGCCCCUGCACACCCCAGCUGCAGGCCUUCAGGCCUGGGUCAGAUAAGCUGCGUCGGAGCAUGCCCAGCCUGGUCAGAGUUCCCAGCAUGCCAAGUGUGCCCAACCCAGCCAAUCACACGUGCUCUCCUUCCCAGCUCAGGAAUAGUCAGAGCUUUGACUCGUCCAAUGGGCUCGCCCGACUGCAGGCCUGCACAUCCCUCGCCCAGAGCGUUGUCAACUUCGGGGCGUUGUCGCGGCAACCCCUCAAAGCGACGGCGUACGUCAGCCCCACCGUCAAGGGUUCCGUUGCCAUGCCAACCUCCACCAGCCUGCAGUCUCUGAUCCCUAACAAGGCCACGCCCCCUCGUAGCUCCCUGCCACACCCCGCCUCCUUCGUAGGCUCCGCCUCCCGCAGCAGGACCAGCCAACCAGCACGCAGUUUACUGACGCCUCCCAAGAACCUGUCGGCCUUGAGUGCGCUUCCAGACAGGAGCUGGAGAGACGGCUGCUACUGACACACCCAGGAGAUGCCCCCUCUGCUGGGGUUAGGGUCAGGGUUAGCCCCCUCUGCGCCUCAGGGUGUCGACCUGCCAAACUGGUGUCCCAGAGGAGAGGAGAAGGACUGUGAGACGCUUCAGGACAAACAGGAGGAAAGACAAGGUGCUAAACACUGUCUCAGGUGUGGUGCAGGUCUGGGAUCUGGACAUAGCACCUAUUUACAGGCAGUGUGUGUGUGUGUGUGUGUGUGUGUGUGUUUGGGUGUGUGUUCUUGUCUGUGUUCAUUCCACAGCUGUUUAAUGCAGCCUGCACCACUAGGUCUGCUCCUUGGUACAAUGUUGUGCAAUACCCCCUCUGGGCUCCAGCUGACCUGAGACCUGUUCAUACUGGGCUCCAGCUGACCUGAGACCUGUUCAUACUGGGCUCCAGCUGACCUGAGACCUGUUCAUACUGGGCUCCAGCUGACCUGAGACCUGUUCAUACUGGGCUCCAGCUGACCUGAGACCUGUUCAUACUGGGCUC